UCAUUAUCAAAAAUACAACAACAAAAAAUAAUAACUAAAACUCAAUGUUUUAUCGUAACAAUCUAAACGCUGUUACUCGCACCCCCUGGGCUGUAACCAUGUUUGGAGUGUUCAAUUGGGGAUUCAUAAUUUUAUUUAAACGGCAACUACUUUAAAAACAUCGCAAAAAUGAUCGCCAUCAAUCCCAACCUGUCAAACACGAUAUUAUGGCGCCAAAUCAUUCGUCACGCAAACACAAACACGCCUGUAGGCAUUAUAAAGGCAGUGUAAAAACCAGAGAACAGUGUGUGAACUAUGGAAAUUGAAAACGGGAAUGUAGUUACUGUGGACGGCGAAAAUCAAUGCAAUGUAGAAGAGCAAGCAUAUUUGCAGUUGAUUCGAGACAUCAUCGAUAAAGGGAGCAAGCGGCUUGAUCGGACAGGCGUGGGCACUUUGUCAAUAUUCGGCAGCCAGAUGCGAUUCAGUCUUCGCGAUGGAACCAUUCCGUUGUUAACAACAAAGAAGGUAUUCUUUAGAGGCGUUGCUGAAGAACUACUUUGGUUUAUCAAGGGUUCAACCAAUGCUAAGGAACUGCAGGAUAAAGGCAUUCGUAUUUGGGAUGGCAACAGCACUCGAGAAUAUUUGGAUUCCUGCGGCUUUACGGACCGAGAGGAAGGUGACUUAGGUCCAGUUUAUGGCUUUCAGUGGCGUCACUUUGGUGCAAAAUAUAAAACAUGCCACGACGAUUACACAGGACAGGGAAUCGACCAGUUGGCAGAAGUGAUACACAAAAUAAAAAACAAUCCUUACGAUCGUCGAAUCAUCAUGAGCGCUUGGAAUCCUUCCGAUAUUCCCAACAUGGCCUUACCGCCGUGUCACUGCUUGGCACAGUUUUUUGUUGGCAAUGGAGAGUUGUCUUGCCAGAUGUAUCAGCGAUCGGCUGAUGUAGGAUUGGGUGUUCCGUUUAACAUUGCUAGCUACUCGUUGCUGACCCAUAUGAUCGCCCAUGUUACUGGACUGAAGGCAGGAGAAUUUGUCCAUACUACUGGUGACACCCACAUCUAUCUGAACCAUGUCGAUGCGCUUCGUGAACAAAUAGAGAGGACACCUAGCAAGUUUCCAUCGCUUAUAAUCAAGCGUAAAGUAGAGGCAAUCGAUGAUUUUAAUUUUGCUGAUUUUGAGAUCGUGAAUUACAAUCCUCAGUCUGCUAUCAAAAUGAAAAUGGCCGUUUGAAACUCGGUAGCUUAUAUAGCGCUGAAUUUCAUUACAGAAUAUUAUUAUCAUAUACAAUUCUAUCGAAACAUACAGAACAAUUUUACUUUAAUCUUCUACCAACUCUUACAUUGCCAUUGUUCAUCACUCUUCUGUUUUGUUCAACUAAUCAAACAAAUGUUGUACUAUAAAGACAUUUAAUACAACAACAAAAAUACAUAUCCAAACUUUCGUUUGCAUCAUCAGAGUACUCUUUGGCGUAUGAUAUUAACAUUUUUUAUACCAUUUGCUAACAUAAAACAUUAAAAUGUAUCCUAAGACAUCAUUACACAUCGCAGAAACUAAUCUGCUAAGAUUAGUGCUACCCUAGUACUAUGUUUGGUAUACGAAUUUAAAUAACUUAUUCCAAAAGGUUUGUUUCAUUUAUGGAAUGAAAUCACUUUUUGAAAAUGAGUUUUCAACCGUGA